AUGCACAAUAAAUUCUCUCUCAAGUCGAGCCUUAAGCAGCUGAACCAACAAGCAAAAGAAACGCAAGUACGCAACUUACGCAAGAAAUCUCGUGAGGACAAAAUCGUCAUUUCCCGUCUCAUCACUUUCCUCACUCUGUUAUCUUUCAGUCGAUACCCAGUUCAAGACACAUUUGAAUUUCCAAAUUCAUACGGAUCACUCUUUGUGAGCAGCCAUGGACAAGAGAAUUCCGGUGAGGAAGCCUCACACUUCGACGUCAGAUCUGCUUACUUGGUCAGAGAAUCCGCCGGAAUCUUCCCCCGCUACCGUCCCCUCCGCCCGCUCUCACCAGUUUUGAGUUUUGGAAAUUAUAUUGAAUCACAGCCGUCGGAUGGGAUCAGCAAAGUUGUUUUUGGAGGUCAGGUUACUGAUGAAGAAGUUGAGAGCUUGAAUAAAAGGAAACCAUGCUCUGGCUAUAAAAUGAAGGAAAUGAGUGGUAGUGGUAUUUUUAAACCAAAAGAAGAAAAUGGAGCAUCAGAGACUGAGGACGAGAGCCAAACGCCAACAAACAAAACAGGGCUGCGAAUGUACCAGCAAGCAUUGGCCGGUGUGAGUCAUAUCUCAUUCGGCGAAGAAGAAACUGUCUCUCUCAAGAAACCUACCACUCUUCCGGAAGUCGCAAAACAGCGGGAGCUGAGUGGGAAUCUGGAAAGCGAAUCGGAAGCAAAGUUGAAGAAACAAAUUUCAGAUGCCAAAAACAAGGAGCUCAGUGGCAACGAUAUAUUUGCUCCACCCCCUGAAAUUCAACCUCGCCCUUUGUCUGCUCGGGCAUUGGCUUUAAGAGAAAGCAUCACAUUUGGGGAACCCACAUCUCACAAUGGUACGGAUGGGCAGGCCAACAGUGGCUUAAGUGAGCCAUCGGUGAUGAAGACAUCCAAGAAAAUUCCUGAUCAGAAAUUUUCCGAGCUUACGGGGAACAACAUUUUUAAGGGAGAAGACGGGCCCACUGCAUCUGCUGAGAAGGCUCUGAGUUCGGCCAAGCUUCGGGAGAUGAGCGGAAGCAAUAUAUUUGCGGAUGGGAAGUCGGAGUCUCGGGACUACUUUGGAGGGGUCCGCAAGCCACCGGGUGGGGAGAGCAGCAUUGCCUUGCUGUGACUUGUGUUCAUUAGGUCUGACUUAAAUUAAAUAAUAAGACUUCUACAUGAUGCUUUGUUAAUUGUGACAGCAGAUUUGGAUUCAGUUACAUGUUGUCUGGUGUGGGUGUGCCUUUAUUUAUUUAGGUUUGAUUAACAAUUUUUUUUUUUUUUUUAUGUUAUGUAGAGUUGGCUAAAUGAAUUAGGCCUCUCUCAGUUCUUGUUGUUCCCAGGAUUGUUUUCUUUACCCAUGAUGGCUUGAACGAUGGCCAAUAUCUUUAUUUUAUCUUUCUUUACCUCCCAUUGUUUCCUUUGUUAUUAUUAAUCCUUUUGGGUGUGUGUGUGUGCUGGUAAGAGUUUAUUUUGGGUGUUGACAAGGACAAAAGAUGCUUCUUUCUUUUCAAGGGAAGACGCAGAUUUUACUCUGAAG